UUGAGUGAAAAAGUCAAUAGAGUGUAGUGAACGUAAGGAAGGAAGGAGGCCAUUAAAGCUCACUCAUUGACAUGUGAAUAGCGUACAUGUAGUAUCCAAUUCCAGGUAUCCAAAACUGACUAUUACAAAAAGUUAAAAUUGGAUACCUUCAAUAUGACACCCAUGUCAGUGGCGGAUCUAGGGGAGGGGCCCGGGGGUCCCCUCCCCCCUUAUUGCAGGUAAAAAAAAUUUCAGAAGUAAGAAAAACCAGCAGGGCAUGCAAAAAAUACGGCCCCCUCCCUUCCCCUGUAGCUCAAGGUCUGGAUCCACCACUGCACAUGAAUUUGCUUGACAAAGAGGCGUGUGGAGAAUCAGUCACGAUACAGCAUUUUUUUAGAGAUAUGAUUAGGACAGUUAUUUUUACUCAUGAUAAGUAAUAACAAGCAGUUGUUGAUCUUCUUCAAUUAGGCAUCCAGCAAAUGCUGAUUGAUCAGUUGAAUCACUACUGCCAUAAAUGGACAACAGUAGGGAAAGAAAGACAUCAGGCGAGUCAACUGCCAGUGACAGCUCAGAGACUGUAUCAUGCAGACCUUAUUAUCUACCAGAAUCACCAGCUGCUGGUUCUUCAUCACAAGUAGUUAGAUCAGCUUGCAGUUCUUCAGUAUCUUCAUCAAGAGUUGGUGAUUAUUUACGAUCACCUGCAGGAGGAAUGUCAGAUAAAUCAAGAGAGGAGAAAAGAAGAUUGUCACCCAGUUGGAGUACAACAGAUCCUAAACAAGCCAAAUUCACACAUGGGGGUAGAACAGGUUAUUUUACAUGUAUUUUGUAUGUCCUCAGUAUAUACAUACAACAAAGCUAGCCAAGGAAUGCAUAGGCCUAUUUUAAUUCCAUACUCCAAAAGUC